CUGCCGCUGCUAUGCGCAUGCGCCGCUCUGAGGAAUAAAUAAGGGCAGGGAAACCGAACCGCAAUGGGACAACUCUUAUUUCGCUCCAAUUCUGCCUAAAAAUACCCCGAAAUGGCUGUUAUCCUUGACGGGGUGUCAUUAGAGGGUUUUUAGAGGGCUUUGGGGAUCUGUUUGGCUACUGAAAGGGACUGAGAAAGUUUAAAAGGAAACGAACUUCAGAGACGGUCAUGGAGGAUUUCGGUUCGGCGCUGGAGAAGAACGUGGCGGAUCUGAGCGUGAUGGACGUGUACGACAUCGCCGCGGUGGUGGGUCAGGAGUUCGAGCGCAUUAUCGAUCAGUACGGAUGCGAGGCUCUGUCCCGCCUCGUGCCCAAAGUGGUCCGGGUGCUGGAGAUCCUGGAGGUGCUGGUGAGCCGCAACAGCAUCAGUCCCGAAACCGAGGAGCUGCGCCUGGAGCUGGACCGGCUGCGGCUGGAGCGGAUGGACCGGAUGGAGAAGGACAGGAAACACAAGAAGGAGCUGGAGCUGGUGGAGGAUGUGUGGAGAGGAGAAGCCCAGGAUCUGCUGUCCCAGAUCGCACAGCUGCAGGAGGAAAACAAAACGCUGCUCAACAACAUGUCCGUCAAAGAGUGUCCAAUGACGGAAGAGGAUAUACAGAAACAGGAAGGCAUGACCGAGAGGGAACGGCAGGUGAUGAAGAAGCUGAAGGAAGUUGUAGAUAAACAGCGAGACGAGAUCCGUGCCAAAGACCGCGAGUUGACGCUCAAAAACGAGGACGUUGAAGCGCUCCAGCAGCAGUUGAACCGGCUGAUGAAGAUCAACCAUGAUCUGAGGCAUAAGAUCACGGUGGUGGAUGCCCAGGGUAAAGCGCUGAUCGAGCAGAAGGUGGAGCUGGAGGCGUCUGGUCAGGCACGGCAGCAGGAGCUGGGUAACCUACUACAGGAAGUGUCCCGUCUUAAGGAGCGCCUUAAAGAGCAGGGCAAGAUGAGCUCUGAGAUGGAGGAGCCUGUAGGACCACCUUCUCCUGCAAAGUCGUCUAAAGCGGCCCCUUCCUGGGGUCAAGAUUUAGCUUCUGAGCUCCUCGCUGGGGGCCUGGAGACAGAGGAAGGUCCCCUCCAUUUCAUCCCCCACACCGGGGCCCCAGGAGCCCUGACAGAUGACGGUGAGGAGGAGAAGGACGAUGAAGAUGCUGCGUUUUUAUGGGAGGCGCUGUGUGAUGACGACAUGUCCUCUGUAGAUCCAAAUGACCCGAACCGCCCGCGAUUUACCCUGCAAGAGCUGCGUGACGUCCUGCAUGAGCGCAAUGAGCUGAAAGCUAAAGUCUUCAUGCUGCAAGAGGAAAUCGCAUAUUACAAAAGUGACGAGCUGGAAGAGGAUACAGGCCCGCCGCUCCCAGACCCGUCUCCUACCCUCCGGCCAAACUCACGCUCCAACUUUCAGCCCGAGUCGGGGAUAAAACGACUGUUUAGCUUCUUUUCCCGCGACAAAAACCGAGGCUCUCAGAGGAGGAUGCCGCAGAUGGGUGACGGCUUCGGCUCGUGGGCGGGGAAAGAUGAUGUGGACACAGAACAGGCCCAGGAGGCAUUACAGCACAUGUAACGAGCACAACGCUCCACUAACCGCUAACCUGCACCAUGUGAAGCUCCCUUUCAUGGUCACUUUCACAGCACAACGUCUGCAAGCAGAUGAGACAAGAGCUCACAAAGGGAACAUGGGGGACGGGGCCGUUUAGAGUUACUGAUAGAUUCUGGCCCUCACCUUCGCCCAAAGAUACUGUGAGGGAGUUUUAUGUGCCUGUUUUGUUAGAUAGUUAGACAUUUUAUUGCUAUUGCAAACGACAAGUUACUGUAAGUAGAUGACGCGGACGGAUAGAUUUCAGACAUUAUUCUGAUGACGUUUAAAGAGAAGAUGCCUUCAGUAGAUAAGAUACAUAUCUAUUUUUAAUUCAAAUUGAAUUAUGAGUGAAAAUAUGCACAUGGCUGAAGAAAAAAUGUGAGAUUUAAAUUUUUAGUUGCAACACCCAGGCCAGAGAUUGUCUGAAAAGGAUGGUGGCAUUAUAUGUUGAAUUAUGUUGAGAUUGCACAGUAGCCUGAUUCUUUCGGCACACAGAAUUGAAAUCAAUAUCAAGUAUUCAUUCUGUUGACAUCCUUAAUGACAUGCUGUGUUAUCACAGAAAAAAAUACAUUUAACUUGUCCCUCAGUUGUAUUUACAGUAAUGUACUUGAUAUGGAGGUGUAUGGGGCAAAACAUUAAGAUCAGCCCUUUUAUUAACUUUUGCAGUGCAGUGAAUUGUGUUUUGUAGGAAGAGGAUACUUUACUAUUCAGUGAAAUGUAAAAACAGUAAUAUUGUGAAAUAUUAGUACAAUUUAAAAUAACUGUUUGCUAUUUGAACAUAUUGUAAAAUGUAAUUUUUUUUUCCUGUGAUCAAAGCUGAAUUUUCAGCAUCAUCAUCAAUGUUGAAAAUAUUCAUAUUUUUGUGCAAAAAGUGAAACAUUUUCUUCAGUGUUUUUGAUAAAUAUAUACUUCAAAAGAACAGCAUUUAUUUGAAAUAGAAACAUAUUUGAACAUUUCUCCCAUUGUAAUACCCCAUAUACUUCUUUUGUACAUGUGUUAUCACAUGAUUUAAAAAAUAUAUAUAUAUUUUCCAAACUGAGUGGCAAGUUGGAUGCAUUUUCGGUGGUAAUUGACAGCAUGUCACAGGUUCUGAAUUUAAGUCCUUAAACCCUGGAAUCAUGAAACACAGCUUUACGUGCAUCAUCAAGUGUUUCUGCAGCGCGUUAAAGCAGAACAAUAUUAAUAAUCCAUAGUUUACUAUUGGCAUCUGAAGUAUCUAUCACAUGGACAAAUGUCAUUCACCAGCGGUUUUGCAUUGCUUGAAUGGUGCUUUCACUGGCAAUAAUAGAAGGUUUGAGUGAAAGCAUGGAAAUGAGUGACUUUGUUAAAGUGGGUUGAUAAAGGCAGCUUUGUAAGCUAGAAAAAUACAUGCCUGUGGGCCUUAAAUCAAUUGUUGAACAGCUAGUACUCCACUCAACUGAGAAUGUUAUCCAGCAACAAGAACUGGAUCAAAUGUAUCAUUAUGAAGGUUUAUGCAUAACUCAUCUCAUUGUGUAUUAAACUAUUUUAUACCAUG